UAGCAAAAGAAAGCAGAAAAAGAGAGAAAAAAAAGGAUGAAAUGAGCACUUAUUAUGGUUGUCAUCAUUACUAUCAUCACUUAAAAUUACAAACAAUUCAUGCUUUACCUUCUUUUUGUUCCUCUUUCUUUGCCAAUUGCUUGUGGCUUCCUUAGACUUAGACUAUCUAGUAUCUAUCUCCCACCCACAAAUCACAAAUGUCUCCACUCUCAAUCUCAACCUUCCCUUUCAUUAUUCUCUCUCCUUCUUUUUCUUCUUUAGCUUUUAAAAUUUCAAACAUUCUUAGCUUCUACAAGAUUCAGCAGUCCUAUAUUUCCUACUCUAUACCAUUUAAUAUGAUUUUCCUAUAAUAAACAAAACAAAAGAAAGACUUUAAAUUCUUCUCAGAAAACUAUGGCAGCUUUUUCUCUCACAUUUGAGUAUAAUUGAGAUUUUAGUGCUUAUUUUUCAUUGAAAUUUGGAAAUGGGUAAAAGGGUUUUUUUAGUUCAGGGUUCUGCUUCACUCAUCAUUCUUGCUCUUUUCUUCUGUUCAGUUUCAUGUACUGUGAUAUUAGGAGUAGCUGGACCUGGAGAAGUUCCUGGAGAAACAACUAUUCAAAAGGACAUCACAACACCGCUUACAAUGGUACCAACUAUUAAUUUCACAGCCACAUCAACUGCUCCCGUAUUGAACCCAAACUCUAUCCCCGAAGAACCACCUACUUGGGUCCCACUCGCUACUCCAACCUCAACUUCACCUGUGAACUCAGGUGCAAGCUGGUGUGUUGCUAGCCAAACUGCUGCUCGGUUAGCAUUGCAGAUGGCUAUAGACUAUGCGUGUGGUCAUGGUGGUGCUGAUUGCACCGCAAUUCAACCUGGUGGGAGGUGUUACUACCCAAAUGCUCUACAUAAUCACGCUUCUUAUGCAUUCAACAACUACUACCAGAAGAACCCAGUUCCAAAUAGCUGUAAUUUUGGGGGAACGGCUGUUGUCACCAGCACUAAUCCAAGUACUGAAAGUUGCCAAUAUCCUUCAACAAGCACGAGUUCAUCUGUGCUAGACACAGCAAAUCAAAAUGUUUCAACAGUUUUUAGCGUGGGACCACCUGGACCGUCAUCUAGUUUGGCGACAACUCUGGUAAACAGAGUUCCAUGUCUUUCCAGAUCAGUGUAUUUCUUGGUACUUCUGCUAAGAUUUGGUCUCUAGACAAUGUUAAUCAUAAAGUAAUAGCUCCUGAAACUCUUCUUAUUUUGUAGAAAGUUUAGUUGUGCAGGUAUGCUGGAUACAUUUUUUAGGUAGACUUGGUAUUAGGCUCCGUUUGGUUCGACGUAAACCAUGAAAGAAUAUUUUCCAAGAGAAAACAUAAUAUUAGAUUAAUUUUUCUUUGUUUGGUUCCUACUUCCUUGCAUGAGAAGUUAGAAAGAACAUGAAGAAUGGAAAUGAAAGGAGGAUGGCUGACAAAAAGGAAAGAAUAAGAAGAAUAUGUUUUGAACCCUCAGGAAAAUGAGAAAUGUAGUUUUACAGGAGAAAAAUGUUUUCCACUUAACCAAUGACUCUCUUGGUAUCACUCGAAGGGGUAGAUUAAUCAUGUAAUCCAGGUUUAAAAUUUUUGUGUUCCUGGCUGUUGGCUUCUGUUUGCUGUACUGUCAUGUGAAUGAGGGCGAAGUAUUGGAAGAUUUAAGUGGAUUAUUAUAAAUAGGGUUAUGCUAUAUGCAGCCCUUAGGGCUGCAUAUAGACAUAAAUGCAUUGCUUAAAAUGGAAUUUAGUUGUAAAUUUAUGACAAAAGUUUGCAUUACUCUAUGUAAUAAAUGCUUAGUUAAUGCUUAUUUUUUCCAUUUUUAGCUUCUUAUAUGCAGCCCUUAGGGCUGCAUUUAGCUUUUUCCUUAUAAAAAUUUGAGGUUUUAAUUAACAUUCAGGAUAUGUUUUGUGGUAGUAUUUAUGUUAUAUGUAGUAACUACUCUUGUAAGUUUGGAAUGAAAAGCUUAUAAUUGAUUGUA